AUGGUCUCCAAUUGCCCCAAAGAAACCCCCCUGGGGGCCCUCCCCCCGGACCAGCUCCUCAGAACCCUCAGGUCCCUGCACACAGCCAAACACGGACUGCUGCAGCUGCUAGUUGAAGUGACAGCCGAGAAGGAGACUCUGCUGCAGCAAAGGAGACAGCUGAGGGAGGAGGAGAAGCAGCUGCAGCAGCAGCUCGACUUCGGGGUCUCCGGCCUGCAGGGCCUCUUGGGGCACCCAAAGGAGUCAAAAAGGAAAUUAGAAAAAGAAGAAAAAGAAAAUAAAAAAGAAAUUAAAAAAGAAAAUAAAAAAGAAAUUAAAAAUGAAAUCAAAAAUGAAAUCAAAAAUGAAAUUAAAAAAGAAAUCAAAAAAGACAAACCUCCUUCCGCCAAGUACCUUCUUCAAGCCCGCAGAGACCCAGGCCUCCAAAGAGACACGGGGGGCCCCCCUGUCCCUUUUGCUGCUGCUGCUGCUGCUGGGGCCCCUGUGGGGCUGGGGGCCCCCAUAGGGGGGCCCCCCAGCAGCCCCUGCGACUUGGGGGGCCCCUGGGGGCCCCCAGACCUGCUGGGGGCCCCCAGGCCACUAGGGGCCCCCGGGGGGCCCCCAGGGGAACAGCCCCAGCUUGCUGCAGACAAUAACGGAGACACAGGGGGCCCCCUGCCCCUGGGGGCCCCCCCGGGGGCCCCCCCGGGGGCCCCCCUGGGGGCCCCCCUGGGGGCACCCCUGGGGGCCCCCCUGGGUACCCUAUCUCUAGGGGCCCCCUGGGGGCCCCUGCCGCUAGGGGCCCUCCAGGGGGCCCCCAAUGCGGGGGCCCCCUCGGCAUUUGCAGCUGAGAAAAAGGGUACAGGAAGUGUUGUAAAGGGAACAGAAGGAGAUUGCUGCUCCAGUGGAGACUCUGCUGCUGCUGCUGCUGCAGGUGGGUGCAGCAGCAACGGGAGCAGCAGCAGCAGCAGCAGCAGCAGCAGCAGCAGCAGCAGCAGCGGCGGCGUCUCUGUGGGAGAUGAUAGGCCUGGAAAUGAAAGCACAGGGGACUGCAGCAGUGGGAGCAGCAGCAGCACCUUCAGCAGCAGCAGCAGCACCUUCAGCAGCAGCAGCAGCACCUUCAGCAGCAGCAGCAGCACCUUCAGCAGCAGCAGCAGCACCAAACUCCUAGGUAGCAGCAUAAUAGAGAGGAGCAGCAGCAGCAGCAGCAGCAGCAGCAGCAGCAGCAAGCAGCAAGAGUGGCGCUGCAGAAGCCGGCUGCUGGCACUUCAAAUCAGCGAAGCUCUUGGCCUUGAAGAGCCUUCGGGGGCUUUUGCUGCUGCUGCUGCCAGUGCUGCAGCAGCAGCAGCAGCAGCAGAAGAAGAUUGCUGCGCUGCUGAAGCUGCAGCAGAAAGAGAGGCACAAUCCACGCCGCCGACCGCUCUUUCUGCUGCUGCUGCUGCUGCUGCUGCUGCUGCUGCUGCUGCUGACCCUCCGGCUGCUGCACUGGAAGACACAGCGCCCAGCGCGGCUGGGAGUUCGUCUCCUGCUGCUGCUGCUGCUGCUGCUGCUGGCUCUGCAGCUGCUGCUUCGAAGCAGCCGCACUCCCUUCCCUUUUACCCGAGUGCUGCAGCAGCAGCAGCAGCAGCAGCAGCAGCAGCAGCAACAGCAGCAGGGGACCCUUUUGCUGCUGCAAGGACUGCAGAUAGGGGGGCCCCUUCUCCGCCGCAGGAGCAGCAAAGCCUGCAGCAGCAUCGGCUGCCCCCCGAUGGAACCCAGAGCCCUACAGCAGCAGCAGCAGCAGCAGCAGCAGCAGCAGCAGCAGCAGCAGAAGCAGCAGCAGAAGCAGCCACAAUCAAGUCUUGUUCAGAGGGGGGCCCCCAAGCAGCAGCUAAAGAGUCUCAGGGGCCCCUGGAGACCUCAGAAGUUGCUGCGCAAGUGUCUGCCAGAGGCAGAAGCAGCAGCAGCAGCAACAACAGCAACGGCAGCAGCAGCAGCAGCAGCAAAACCAGCAGCAACACCAGCAGCAAUAGCAGCAGCGAUUCCAAUAGCAGCGACAGCAGCAGCAGCAGGCGCUUCGCUGCGACGGCAAACAGCAGCUGCACUCACGACAGCAGCAGCAAUGGGACCCGCAGCAGCAGCAGCAGCAGCAACAGCAGCAGUAGCAGCAGCAGCAGCAGCAGCAGCAGUAACAGUAGCAGCAGCAGUAGCAGCAGCAGUAGGCGUCGAGCUGCAGCAGAGCCGCUGACCCUUGCGGAGGCGUUCAGCAGCAGCAGGAUCAGCAGCAGCAGCAAAAGCAACAGCAGCAGAAGCAGCAGCAACAGCAGAAGCAGCAGCAGCAAAAGAGCAGACACUGCAGACCUGUUGCUGCAGAAGCGGCCCUCUCCCGGAGGCAGUCGGGCUUCAGGUGCUGCAGCAGAUUCAGCAGCAGCAGCUGCUGCUGCAGCAGCAGCAGCUGCUGCAGCUGCUGCAGCAGCAGGUUCUGCUGCUGCUGCUGCAGCAACGAAAAAGCCACAGGGGCCCCCGGAGGGUCCUGUACCCUCUCUGCGGCUAGCCAGGGGGCCCCCAGAAGUGGGGGGCCCCCCUGGACUAUUUGCUGCUGAAAGGGCCCCCCUGAAGACCCUUUGGGGUGUGCGGCCGCCUCAGCAGCAGCAGCAGCAGCAGCAGCAGCAGGGAAACAGGAGCCUCACUGCAGCAGCAGCAGCAGCAGCAGCAGCGGUGCAGCCUGCUGCUGCAGGCAGCCAGCAGCAAAUAAGGGAAGGAGGGGGGCCCCUCCUUGAAGUAGAAGUGAACCCAAAAAGGGGGGGGGGCCUCCUGGUAUCUUGGGAGGUGAAGGGGGCCCCCUCGAGGCCCUUGCUGCUGCAGGCUUGUGUCCUUCAGUGCAGCAGCAGCAGCAGCAAAAGCAGCAGCAGCAGCAGCAGCAGCAGCAGCGCUGGCGGGGAAAGUAGGCAGCAGCAGCUGCUGCUGCACUCCGAUUGCAGCCCUCUCUCAAUCCCCCCUUUAAGCAGCAGCGGCGAGUACCACAUUACUCUCUUAGUGAAACAGCAGCAGCAGCAGCAGCAGCAGCAGCAGCAGCAGCAGCAGCAGCAGCAGCAGCAGCAGCAGCGGCCAGUGUGUGGGGUUUCUGUACAACUUGCUCUCGAAAACAACAAUAUAAUUAAUCAAAGAAUAAGACCUUUGCCAGUCCACAGACUUUCCAUUAGGGGCCCCCCAACCCCCAGGGGGGCCCCCACCCCCGGGGGCCCCCUGACCCCCCAGGGGGGCCCCCCACAGGGGGGCCCCCCAGCCCCCCUGGGGGCCCCCGCACAGGGGGGCCCCCUAGACCCUAUGGGGCCCCCGGCCCCAGGGGGCCCCCCAACCCCCAAGGGGGCCCCCACCUCACAGGGGCCCCCAACCCCCAGGGGGGCCCCCAUCCCAGGGGGGCCCCCCAGUGAGUUUGCUGGGGGCCCCCAGACCUCCCCAGGGGCCUCUCCAGAGGGGCAAGCCACUGGGGGGGCCCCUGAAGGGGGCCCCCAAAGCUUCCCAAGCAUGCGGGGGGCCCCCCCGCAAUUGCUGCUGACAGAACAAGAACAACAACCCCACCAAGGGGGGCCCCCCAGCAGCAACUUAACCCAGGGGGUCCCCCGGGGGCCCCCUGAGGCCCCUGGGGGCCCCUGGGGGGACUUCAGCAGCAAGGGCACACAGCGCAGUGUACGUACACCGGCGACUGCAGCAGCAGCAGCAGCAGCAGCAGGGAUGCCAGCAGCACCAGAAGCAGCGCAAGCAGCAGCUGCAGCAGCAGGGCAUGCAGCAGCAGCAGCAGCAGGGACAACUGCAACAGAAGCAGCAGCAGCUCCCCACACUCCUGCUGCAGUGACGCCACCAAGGACGCCGCUUUCUGCUGCUGCUGUUGCUGCUGUUGCACUUCAAGCAGGAGAGGCAGCAGCAGCAGCAGCAGCAGCAGCAGGGCAUGCAGCAGCAGGGCAUGCAGCAGCAGCAGCAGCAGCAGCAGCUCCAGACACGCCGCGAACAGCAGCAGCAGCAGCACGCGCACUAGCAGCAGCCGCGUCUCCACGCUCAGCAGCAGCAGCAAAAAAAGCAGCAGCAACAGCAGCAGCAAUGCUGGGGGCCCCCCUCCCCCCUAGGCAAGUCUGGGUACCCCCUGGGGCCCGGGGCCUCUCUGGGAUUUCCCCUAGGGGCCCCUGCAACCAGGGGGCCCCCAAGGGGGCCCCCCUGGGGGCCCCCAAGGGGGCCCCCCAGGGGGCCCCCAAGGGGGCCCCCAAGGGGGCCCCCUCAUCUCUGAGGGGGGCCCCCAACCUCCACUUGACCCGAACCCAUAUUCGGCAAAUGGUGUCUGCUGCUGCGGGGGCCCCUAGGGGGGCCCCGGAGGGGCCCCCUGGAGUACCCUUUCCUGGGGGCCCCCUUGCGGGGGCCCCCUCCCCAGAGGGCCUCUGGGGCCCUUCUGUGGCUCCUAUGGGGGCCCUUUGGGGGGUGGGGGGCCCCCCUCUACACAGCAGCCCAGGGCGGAUGAGCUGGGGCCUGGGGGGCCCCCUGGGGGCCCCACUGGGGGCCCCCUUGGGGGCCCCCCUGGGGGGCCCCCUGGGAGGGUCUAUGGGGGUGCCUGUGGGGGCCCCCCUGGGGGGGCCCCUAGGAGGCCCCCGAGGGGGGCCUCUGGGGGGGCCCCCAGGGGCCUUCCUGGGGCCCCCGCUGCAGCCACAGUCUGCUGCUGCAGCAGGGGGGCCCCCCAUGCAGGGGCCCCUCAUAAGCCAGGGCAAUAUGCCCCCCUAUGGCCCAGGCCCUCAGCAGGGGGGCCCCCCAGGCUGGGUACUGCCGCAGUGGGGGGCCCCCCAACCUGGGGGCCCCUGGGGCCCCCCAGGGGCCUCCUGUUCGCGUUUUGGUGCAGCCGACGCAGCAAGAGCAGCAGGCACAGCAGCAGCAGCAGCAGCAGCAGCAGCAACAGCAACAGUCCCUUUUGUGAGGCCCUCUGCAGCUGCCAGGGGCCCCCAGCUGCCCCAGGGGCCCUUUGGCUCCCCCAGGGGGGCCCCCACAGGGGGGCCCCCCAG